AAUAAUCUUUAAUCGGGUUUCAAUAAUCCUUACACUUUUUUAAAACUCUUCUAAAAUCUAUCAAGAUUAAGUAAUUCGAGUACAAACUUAUGAACCCAUUUUGAUUAUUGGAAUGAAAUAGAAAAUAUCUGCCUCUUGGAAUGGAAGUUCCUGGCGAUGCCAGCGUGACAAGGAACCAGUAACGCUGAUGAAUCAAUCGGUUAUGCUUGGAGUUAAACACAUAUUGGAAGUUUGAAGUUUUGUGUGGAGUGGAUGAUGAACUAAUGACAGAACACUUUCUAAACAUGUCUGCAAAAUCUGAGGCUUCACUUCCUGUUAGCUGGAGGACGGACACGCCUUCACAGAUGUCCGGAUACUCCCAACAAUCGUCCAGAAACGGACAGUCGACUAGUUCACGUAAAUCAAUGAAUGUUGCAUCUGCGAAGCACUCAGGAAUGCGACAUCCAUCAUGGCGGGAACCUAAACCAUUAAAGGCAGCAUCUCGCCCUGCGACUGCGCAAGAUGACGUGAAUGGACUUCCGAGACGAAAACCAACUCUGGCGAGAUCAAACACUACAAUAGAAUCUCGCAGAGAUCGGGAAGUUCAGGGAAUCGUCAAUCGAUUAACUGCUCCAACAUUAGCAGCGAAAAUGAAAACUAUAGAAUUCAAUAAAAGGACAGCUUUUGUGGACAACAAUUAUUAUUCGUGGUCAAAUAUGGCAGUGUAUAAAGACCACCAAAAGAUGAUUUAUAACGAUGGGGGAGGAAUAAAAAGACGGAGCACAACAGUGUCGAGGCGAUAGCUCUUCCACAAAAAGCAGAAUAGGCCAAUUGGGUGUGAUCAAUCUAUUUCAUUUUUUAAAGUCAUGUGCAUAUGUAUUUAAUAAAACCUUACUUUAAAUGCUU